AUGUACUGCCAACGCCUCGCUGUUCCCCUCGCUCGCUCCAUCGUUGCUCAAAGAGUUCCUUCUGCUCUUCGCGCUGAGAGUGCGUUGGCUGUUCGCUGCCUCCACACCACCGUCGCUCGUAAGGAUAUCGACAGUGCUGCCAAGUACAUCGGAGCUGGAGCCGCCACCGUUGGAGUCGCUGGAUCUGGAGCUGGUAUCGGAAACGUCUUCGGAGCCCUCGUUAUCGGAUAUGCUCGUAACCCAUCUCUCAAGCAACAGCUUUUCUCCUACGCCAUUCUUGGAUUCGCUCUUUCCGAGGCUAUGGGACUUUUCUGUCUUACUAUGGGUUUCAUGAUCUUGUUCGCCCUCUAA